AUGCAACUCUACCUUUGGUUUGAUCCCACUGAGGACUUCCACACUUACUCUAUUGAUUGGAACUCUCAACGUAUCAUAAUACUAGUGGAUAAUACUCCCAUAAGAGUGAUGCGAAACAGACAUGAGAUUGAAGUGCAUUUCCCUACAAGGCAACCCAUGAGGGUUUUCGCAACUCUUUGGAAUGGAGACUCGUGGGCUACUAGGUGGGGGCAGGUGAAGAUCGACAUGUCCAAUGCUCCGUUCAUUGCGUCCUUCCGGAACUUCACCGCCGGGGCCUGCACGGUGAGCCCAGAGCCGUCAUGCCGGGGAUUCAGUGUAGCCAAACAGACCAAAGACAUAGAUCCGGAGAACAAGAUGAAGAUGCAACAAGUGCAGCAAAAAUGGGUGGUUUAUGAUUAUUGCCAUGACUUUAGACGUUAUGCUCAUGGGCUUCCCUGGGAAUGCCGCAAAGCCAAUCUAAUACCUCGAUAA